ACCAUUUCAGAAGAGCGUGUCCCAGUUUUCUGAUUGUCGCUCAGCUUUAGGCUUUGGACUGAGGCUGAGGCUGGUCUGCCUCACCCAGGAUGGAGAGCCUGACUUCAAGACCCUCUCUGCUCUCCGCCAGGCUCCCUCACCUGAGCUGCAGACUGCUGGUUCUCUGAUUGAGAACAAAGGGAGGCAUUGAACCUGAUAACCUACAGAUGUGACCUUAUAGGAACACUUGAUUUGGCCAGCUGGGUGGAGGCUUUUGGAGGCAGUGAGCUCAGGUGAGGAGCGGCUCGAGGGUGUCUGAGGGCACCCUUCAGCUGCGUCGACCUCCAGGCCGGGGGCGAAGGGAGGCUGGCCGGAACGUGCCCUGCCGCAAGCCGGGCAAGGAUGAGGCGUUUCCUGAGCAGAAAGGGCCGCUUCUCCCUGCGCCAGAGUAAGUCUGGGACCCGGAGUGCCUCCAAAGAUUUCUACCUCGGCCUUCCAGCCACCAAUCAGAACUGGCCCGAGGCGUUUGGCUUCCGACUGGGUGGCACUGGGCCCAGCUACAUCCUAUCCGUGGUGGAGGGCAGUAGUGCCUACCUGGCUGGCCUGCAGCCCGGAGACCAGGUGGUGGACAUCGAGGGCCAGGAUGUGACCAACCUCAGCACACCGGCACUCAUCGCUCUGGCUCAGACCCUCAAGACGGUGCCACCCAGCAUCGGGGUGGUGUCACGGCUCGAACAGAUUGACAUCACUCCUGGCCCUGACGGCCGGUUUGGCUUCACCAUCAUUGGAGACAGCCCUCUGAUGGUGGAGGACUGCAUGCCCAACGGUCCAGCUGGUCGCAGCGGCCUCAAAGUCCGGGACUACGUCAUGGAGGUGAAUGGCAUCCCCGUGAAGCACCAUGAAACGGCGGCAGCCAUGAUCAAAGCGGCUCAGGGUCGGCCUCUGCGUCUGGGCGUGCUCAGCAUGGCUCGGCGGCCCAAGCGACUGAGCAGCAGCAUGAGGGUGUUGUCACAGAGCGGGGACAGUGUCAGGGAGAGUCGUGCUCACAAGGCCAUGGAGUUCAAUAAGAAAGUGGAGGAAGUGCUCGGAGAGGAGCCAGAUGUGAAGGAACAGCUGUUUGAGGUGCUGAAGCAAUACGCAGCUGAGAGGGAUGUCGAGAGUCUGGCUGAGGCCCUGCCCGACAUCUUGAUCACAGAGGAGCAUCAGCAGCUGAUCGACAGCGUCAGGAUCUUCAUUCCCAAGAAGCACCGGGAACGUUUUGACGAGGUGGUUUCCCAGAGCCUGAUGAGCAGGAUCAAAGGGCGGAGCUUCAGCGACCCUAGCCGUAGCCACCUCCGCCGCAGCAGGAGCGAGGACCACCCCGAGCGCCUCCUCGUCUCCACCCGUGCCAGUUCAGUGCCACGCACCCACGCAGAGGAAGGAGGGGCCCCACCAGCACGCGGCAUGCGCAAGACCACCUCACUCAUAGCUGGGCACUCCAGCGGCAACAGCACCAACUGCAGGACAGUGAGAGUAUGUAAGGGCAACAUGAGCUUUGGCUUCACCCUCAGAGGACACGCUCCUGUGUGGAUUGACUCUGUCAUCCCCGGAAGUCCAGCAGACAAGGCCGGUCUGAAACCAGGAGACCGCAUCCUGUUUCUCAAUGGGCUGGACAUGAGGACCUCCUCUCAUGAGAAGGUGGUGUCCAUGCUCCAGGGCAGUGGUGCCAUGCCCACUCUGGUGGUGGAGGAUGGUCCGCCCUCUUUCACCAUGUCAGAGCAGGACCUCGCGGGGGGUGGCGUUCCCACAGAAUGCGCCCGCUCCCCUGUGCUCAGCUCCCUGCAGUGGGUGGCAGAGAUCCUGCCCCCGAGCAUCCGUGUUCAGGGCCGCACCUUCGGACAGCAGCUGCAGCACCUGCUGACCAUCCAGGAGAGGUACACCAUCUGCAAGGCUCUGGAGAACUUCUUCCAGCACAGGAAUGUGGACACUCUCAUCGUGGAUGUGUUCCCGGUGCUUGACACUCCAGCCAAACAGGUGAUCUGGCAGUUUGUUUACCAGCUGCUGACGUAUGAGGAGCAGGAACACUGCCAGAGCAAGAUCUCACGCUUCCUUGGAUUUAAAGCGCCAGUACCACCACCACCACCUCCUCCUCCCCCUCCUCCAGAGCCUGAGGUGGCCCCCGAGCCCCAUCGACGUAGCAGCUCCAUGAGGGUGACAGGGACCACGUACAGGAGCAGUGUGAGGGGCCGUAGCUCUGAUGACCUGGUCAUUGGAACACACUUGGGCCUGGGCCUUCGUUCAGAGCCCGUGCUGGAGGUAGGGAUGAGGUUGGCACCAGGAGAGAGACAGUCUGGCGAUGGUACUUCCCUUCCGGAAACUCCCAACAACCUCACCAAUCUGUCAGCAGUUUACGCUGAACUGGAAAACAUGUAUUCAUCCAAGAGGUCCAAGUCUCUGAAGAGUCGUCCUCCUCCUGCACCAGAGAGUUUGCUGGAUCUGGAGCCCCUCUCGCGCACAUCCUCCCCUUCAAUACAUGCUAACACAGGUAGCAGAAAGGGCCCACCACUGCCUACAUCCUGGCCGGAGCCCCUCCCAAGCCCCCCUGCAGCCCAGUUCUACUCGUCAGGUCUGACAAGUCAGACCAGUGGCGAUUCGAACCCUUACAUCAGCCUGGACAGCCCUCCCCCAUCUCCUCCAGAGCCCCCUGACUACCCGUCUAGUCCCCCUACCCAUCGCAGCAGCAAGCGCCGCUACACCUUCUCCAAACCACCACGCUCAGAAGACACAGAUCGCUUUCUGGAUGCGCUGAGCGAGCAGCUGGGACAGAGGGUGUCUAUCGUUGAUGACUUCCUGACCCCUGAGAAUGAUUAUGAGGAGGAUAUUGUGCAGAUGGACUUCCCAGAUGAGGAGGAUGAUGAUAAUGAAGAGGACUUGGUGGUGGACGAAGAGGAAAAUGGAGGAUUUGUGGCCCCAGAGCUCAGCAGCCCGAGUGACGUUCAAAGCAGCAGCGGAGAAGAGAAUGCCUCCUCCCUCACCUACUCGUCUUCCUCCGACCAUAUCCCUCCGCCCCCAAUGACCCCUCCACCACCCCCACCUGUGCAGUUCAAUGAUCCGCCUCCCCCCCCUCCAGCACCGUCACAGUCACAGCAACAGCAGCAACAGCAACAGCAACAGCAACAGCAACAGCAACAGCAAGCAACAGCAACAGCAACAGCAACAGCACAGCAACAACAGCAGCAGCAGCAGCAGAUAAACCCUAGCUACACCCCUGAGCAUUCCCCGAGAGCAUAUGUGCCAGUUCGCCGGAAAUCUGGCCCCCCUCCUCCACCUCCUCCCCGGAGUAAUCCACCACCUAAACGCCACUCCUUACAUAAGGUGUUGCCCGCAAGAGACGAUCUUCAAGUCCACGCUACCAUACAGGAGCUGAAAGCCUUCCAAGAACAGCAGGCUUACCAAGAUAGACACGCCUAUGAGGAGCAACAAGCAUUUAAGGAGAGGCAGGCGUAUGAGGAGCAGAAAGCCUUUGAAGAACAACAACUAUUCCAAGAGCAGCAGGCUUUCCACGAACAGCAGGCGAAACUUUUCAAAGAAAGGCAGGCAUAUGAAGAGCAGAAGGCAUAUGAGGAGCAAAAAGCUUUCGAGGAACAACAAAUGUACCAGGAGCAACAAGCCUUUCAAAAGAGACAAGCAUAUGAACAGCGCCAAGCCUACCAGGAACAAAAAGCAUUUGAACAGCGUCAAGCCUACAAGGAGCAAAAAGCACUCGAGGAGCUUCAGGCCUACCAGGAGCAAAAAGCCUACGAAGAGCGAAAAGCUUAUGAGGAGCGUCAGGCCUACGAGGAGCAACAGGCAUAUCAAGAGCAGCAGAUGCAGCAGAUCUACCAGAGCCACCAUUCGAUGCCUACCCAGCCAACGCAGCAGAAGGCGCACUCGCCAUCGCCUCUCCAACAACUCCACCAAUCCUUACCCCCGCUCCCUUCCCCGGACUCCAACCACCACCAUCCCAGCCAUCCUCUGUUGAUGAUGCGCCAAGCACAGCAGCAGCAAGCCCACCAGAGUCAUCACCAACGACGCCAAUCCCGUUCAGCCCCGUCUCCUCACCAGCCAUCGCCCCAACCGACAUCUCAUCCCAGCCAACAAGGUCAGUAUGCUGAGGGCAUCUACCAAAGCCAUCAGGGUAUGAGGUCCCAGCCCCACCAUUCUUCUGAGGAGAUGCUCCACCAGAUGCACCAAGUCCCAGUCCACCAUUCCUCUGCUGAGGUGCUCCAUCAGUUGCAACAGACCCAGGGCCACCACUCGUCAGCUGAGAUGAUCCAGCAGAUUCAACAAGCUCAUUCCCACUACUCGUCGUCAGAAAUGCUCAACCAAAUGCACAAAACCAAGGCCCAUCAUUCCUCCACCGAGCUCUUGCAGCAAGCGCAUCUGAUGCAGCAAAUGCAGCCCCACCACUCCUCAACUGAACUCCUCCAUCAAGCUCACCAGAUGCAUCGAGGACAACCACACCAUUCUUCCACGGAGCUGCUCCAUCAAAUGCAUAAACCUCAGGCCCACUACGCCUCCACGGAGCUGCUCCAUCAAACCCAUCAGAUACAUCAACACAAGGCCCAUCACUCCUCCACAGAGCUUCUGCAUCAAGCCUCACCUGAACCGGCCUCCCUCCCAGUUCAGCUAAACCGGGACGGCCACUCCCAUCAGAGUCGAAGAAGUCUUAAAGGUCAACAACAGAUACAGCAAGGGAGACACCAAGAGCAGCAGAUCCACCAAACCCAUCACCCCCAGCCCACAAAGCCCUCUCCUCAAAGACCCCACUCCAUCCAGCAGACCCACCACCACUCCAGCUCGCCUCAAAUCCACCACAUCCACCAUAUGACCCCACAGCCUCUUCCGCAGGACUACCAACAUCAGAUUCAUGUUAUCCACCCUCCCCAGCAGCCCAACAGACCUCAGCCCCUUCUCUCCACCUUUCAACCCCUCCAGCCACACCAACCCACCCUCUCCUCUUUCCAGCCUCUGCCACAGCACCACCAAUCCCAACAUCAAGUCCAGACCUCCACCCAGGCCACCCGUCCGCAGUCCCAGCCCUCACAUCACCUGCUGCAGUCUGCACACCAGUCACAAACUCAGUCCCAACACAAGCAUUCCCACGGCCAACCCCAGUCCCUCCCCCACUCUCUAUCCGACCCAACAGAGCACCUGGAGCCACCACCACCACCUCCACCCCUGCCCCCACCCUGCUCCCCUCCACCGUUACCCAGGCCAUCGCUCUCUAGGAUGGACUCCAACCAUAUGAGUGUGAAGAGGUUGCGCUGGGAGCAAGUGGAAAAUUCAGAGGGGACCAUCUGGGGACAGCUGGGAGCAAAUUCUGAGUAUGAUAAACUGCAUGACAUGGUGAAGUAUCUGGAUUUGGAGCUGCACUUUGGGACACAGAAGAGCUCAAUGCCUACUCUGGAGCUGCCCCCGCUAGAAACCUUCAAGAAGAAAGAUGUCGUUGAAAUUCUGUCCCAUAAGAAGGCCUACAAUGCCUCCAUCCUGAUAGCCCACCUGAAGCUCUCUCCAGGGGAGCUGCGUCAGGUGCUGAUGAACAUGGCCACUGAUAGGCUUGAGCCGGCCCACAUCAAGCAGCUGCUGCUGUAUGCCCCAGAUGCAGAGGAGGUCAAAAAGUAUGAAGAGUACAGACAGAACCCGAGCAAACUCAGCGAGCCCGACCAGUUUGUGUUGCAGAUGUUGUCAGUGCCCGAGUACAAGACCCGCCUAGAGAGCCUCCUCUUCAAGUGUUCCUUGCAGGAGAAGACGGAGGAGUUGAGGGGAGCGUACGACUGUCUCUACAAGGCUUCACUGGAGCUAAAGUCAAGCAAGAAGCUGGCUAAGAUACUCGAGUUUGUGUUGGCGAUGGGGAACUACCUGAACAACAGCCAGCCUAAAACCAACAAGACCACAGGCUUCAAGAUCAACUUCCUCACAGAGUUGAGCACAACUAAGACAGUGGAUGGGAAGUCAACGUUUCUACAUAUUCUGGUCAAGUCGUUAUGUCAACACUUUCCUGAAGUGUUGGAUUUCUCCAAAGAUUUAACCAUGGUUCCUCUUGCAGCCAAAGUCAACCAGAGGACUAUCACAUCCGAUCUGAACGACCUUCAAACAACUCUUCAGGAUAUUCGCUCAGCCUGUCAGAAAAUGCCCACGACAGCUGAGGACCGCUUCGCUGCCGUCAUGAGUAACUUUCUGGAGAACAGUCAUCCAGCGGUGCAGUCUCUGGAGUCCCUGCAACAGAGAGCGAUGGAAGAAUUCAGCAAAACUGCCUCUUUCUUCGGAGAAGACGGAAACUCCACCAACACGGAGGCUUUCUUUGGGAUCUUUGGGGAGUUCAUGGGCAAGUUUGAGAGAGCCCUCGCUGAGCGGCAAGCUGCAGAAAACCAAAAGAGCCCCAGAAGUCCACGAAUGGCCUCCCCCUUGGCUUGGUAACACAUAUAUGGAGACGACAACAUGGCUCCUUCAUCGGACAGACUGUAUGCAAAUAUACUGUAUAUACAUGCAACCAUUCACACCUGAAACUCAGCGCACCAUUUGAGCAAAAAAAGACUGGUUAUUGUUUUUUUGAUCAAAAUGAAGGCAGAGCCUUCUGCAUCAAAGAUAAACAGUUAGCUUUAUAUCAGUGGUUUUACAUGUUCUGUUUAUUCUCUCAAGAUGAAACUGAGUCUUUUUGGAAGUCUUAAACUUAAAUAUUUAAGACAAAUACAUAAAAAGAAACUGGCUGUUAACGUACCUUUACCAAGUGAGACAUAGUGACUCUGCAACAUCCUUUAAGUUUUCUUUCUGUAAGAGUUCAGUCGUUUUAUUUAUAUUUAAGAAUAAGAAAUAUAUAUAUCAAAAUAAACUAACUUUAUCCUGAAAUAGAUAUUUAAUUCACAUCGUUCACAUUAGAGCCUGGCCUAUCAUGUUAUAUCUGUAUCUGCACAUGUGUUUUCCUUUAAAAGCAAAUAUGAUUUUUUUUAUCAAACAUGCAGAAAACGAUGCUAGGGGUGGAUAAAAAAAAAAACGUACAUCAUCACGCCUAUUUCUGAUGUAACUGUUUACAAUACUUCAAGUGCUGUCUGCAGCAUGACUUCUGAGCAGCAUGAUGCUGAUCUGCACUAGACUUAAUUCAUAUUCUAUUAUAAUGUUAAAUGUUUGGUCACACUUUACAUGAAGGACACAAUUUCACCCUUAACUAGCUGCUUAUUAGAAUGCUAAUUAGUAGCAUACUGGCUGCUUAUUUGUCAUUAUUAAGCGCUCAUUAGUACCUUAUUCUACAUGACCAGAGUCUAAAGCUAACAGAUCAUUAACUAAGAGUUUACCAUCCUAAUUACUGAUUAUAGAUAGUAAGUCAGGAAGUUGUUGAACAUGAAUUAUAAUUUUAAAAUUAGAGGUGUGGGAAAAAAAUCGAAUUAUGUAAAAACUGAGAUUCUUAUCUCCUGAGAUUUCAAAUACGUUCAUAACCUCCAAAAAUCAAUGUAUUAUUUUUUGGCUAAUCAGUCACUCCCUGCUAAGUGCUAAUGCUAGCUCUUUAACUCAUUAGAAUGAGUGAAUUGAGUGAAAACUCUUAGUUAAUGAACUAUGAGUUAUAGACUAUGGUCAUGUAGAAUAAGGUACUAAUAAGCAGCCAGUAUGCUACUAAUUAGCAUGCUAAUUAGAAACUAGUCAGUGGUGAAUAUUGUGACCUUCAUUUAAAGUGUUACCAACUCCUAUUAAAAAGUUAACUGCUGAAUAAAGAGCAGCUCCCGGAGUGAAUGUGCAGAGCUGAAUUGUGCGCAAUCGUAAGAAAAGAGUCUACUUCUAUUUCAACACUUACUUUUUCAGUAUCUGUUGUUUUUAAAAAUGUUUUCUUUUUACCUUUUAAAAAUCAGCUGCCAUCUGAAAAAAAAAAUCCCAUUUUGAACGGACUCCUAUUUAUCUGCACUUGAAGGUUUGGAAGAAUCCCCUUCUCUUAGCUGACAUGUGCUAUAUUUUUGUAAGCUGCCCACCACACUGAAUGUAACAUAACUUCUGACUAAGUGUAGCCUAUGUUCUCUAAUAGUUCUUUUUAAUUUACUGCAUUAUAUUUAUGCCUUGGUGUAAGAGCCUCAGAAUUCCUCCCAUGCCGGUUAUAGCCAUCCUAACUCUUUUUUUAAUGCUGUUAUUCUGUAUUCUGAUACUUACCUUCUGAUACUAGUAACAUGUAUGUAUGAGACGAUGUAUAGUGGGGAUCUUGGCACCUGUUUUUAUAAAACAUCAUUGUAACGGUUUAAGGAUCAUUCUUGACUCAUACAAAGUCAUCAUCACAACAUUUACAGGAAGCAGAAGUGAGAUCACGUGGAGCUAACAGCGGGCAGCGUGCAAUAUGUGUUAAGCUGUGUUCCACUGUUAGAUAUUAUUCUAUCUAAAGUAUAGCAGACAUUAAUCCUUUUGCACUGUACAGACAGAGAGUUGAUUUAAAGAAAACAGAUACAGCUGCUCCAUAAAAUACUGUAUGAAGCACUUCAUCCUGUGUGUAAAAUGGACUGACACAUCUCCUUUAAGUUUAGCGUAGCAGAGCAGUCGUUUAUGUUGCUGAGUCAAACACUACGCUUCAGGUGAUGUUGUUGAACGGGUAAAUACAUUCUAAUGAUAAAAACAAUGUACCCAGUUAGAUUUUUUUUUUUUCCAGCUUAAAUUACUGAAUGUAAACCUCUUAAGCGUUGCUGUCCAAUUAAUGCCUAUAAAGUGUUAAGUCUGUAUUUUGUAUUGUAUCCUAACAAUGCUGACAACUAUAAAGAGUGGUGUAACAUCUGAUGUU